GGUCUAACUACAUGGAAACCAAAAUCUGAUUAAGCCCAUGUGACUCCUCCACAAUCCACAUCACACGAAACAUUCCUUCCAGGCCAAGCAAACACAAAUCAUCUCGUUCCGCCAGGGAAUAAACAACAGCAGCGACAAUGUCGGGGAGAUCAUCGGGAUCCACGAUGAUCGUAGGCAGCACUCCCAAUCCAAGCCUGGUUGCCUCCAAUCUCGCCUACUGCAAUCCUUCUGAUCUUCAGAGCUUCGCUGUUCCUGGAACCCCCCACCAUCUCGCUCUCGUCGCCGAUGCAUUCGUUCUCUCUCUCGCUGCUCAUGAUAGCGUGGAGAAUGGCAAAAUCGGACUUAAUGCCAUUCAACGUCGUCAUGCAAGAGUUUCUAAUGGUGAUUCUAUUUCAGUUAGCAGAUUUAUCCCACCUGAUGAUUUUAACCUUACGAUGCUUACUCUUGAGCUGGAAUUUGUAAAAAAGGGGAAUAAAGAAGAACAUGUUGAUGCGGUUCGUCUGGCGCAGCAUAUACAGGAUAGAUUUUCUAACCAGGUUAUGACAACAGGGCAAAAGGUAAUGCUAGAGUAUCAGGGAAAUAAUUAUGUCUAUACCGUCAACGAAGCUGCCAUACGUGAGCAAGAACAGUCAGAUAACUAUGUCAGAGGAAUGCUCUCAGCUGAAACAUACAUUUUAUUUACAACACCAGGGUCUAGUGGAAUAAAGAUUGUCAACCAGCGUGAAGGGGCUAGCAGCAACAUUUUUAAGCACAAAGAGUUCAAUCUUCAAUCACUGGGUAUUGGUGGAUUAAGUGAUGAGUUUGGAGACAUAUUUCGAAGAGCUUUUGCCUCUAGAGUUUUCCCUCCUCAUGUAACCUCUAAACUUGGCAUUAAGCAUGUCAAGGGAAUGCUGCUCUAUGGACCUCCUGGUACUGGCAAGACUCUAAUGGCUCGUCAGAUUGGGAAGAUGUUAAAUGGAAAGGACCCAAAGAUUGUCAAUGGACCUGAAGUCUUGAGUAAAUUUGUUGGAGAAACAGAAAAGAAUGUUAGGGAAUUAUUUGCCGAUGCUGAAGAAGACCAAAGAUCACGAGGGGAUGAAAGUGACCUGCAUGUUAUUAUUUUUGAUGAAAUCGAUGCCAUCUGUAAGUCCAGAGGUUCCACUAAAGAUGGUACUGGAGUUCAUGAUAGCAUUGUCAACCAGCUUCUUACAAAGAUAGAUGGUGUGGAAGCUCUAAAUAAUGUUCUGCUCAUUGGAAUGACAAAUAGGAAGGAUUUGCUUGAUGAAGCUCUUUUAAGACCUGGGCGUUUAGAAGUACAAGUAGAGAUUAGCCUUCCUGAUGAGAAUGGCCGUCUGCAAAUCAUUCAAAUCCAUACAAACAAGAUGAAAGAGAGUUCUUUUCUUGCCCCGGAUGUGAACUUGCAAGAGCUUGCUGCUCGUUCAAAAAAUUAUAGUGGAGCCGAGCUAGAAGGUGUAGUAAAAAGUGCAGUUUCGUUCGCUUUAAACCGGCAGCUGAAUCUUGAAGAUCUUUCUAAACCUGUGGAUGAGGAGAAUAUAAAGGUUACAAUGGAUGAUUUUCUGAAUGCCCUCCACGAAAUAAUUCCAGCAUUUGGAGCAUCUAUGGAUGACCUUGAACGUUGCAGACUUAAUGGCAUAGUAGAGUUUGGUGGGAGACAUGCACACAUAUAUAAAAGAACAAUGCUAUUAGCCGAGCAAGUAAAAGUGAGCAGAGGGAGCCCAUUGAUUACUUGUCUUUUGGAAGGACCAAGUGGCAGCGGUAAGACUGCAAUGGCAUCCACUGUUGGUAUUAGCAGUGACUUUCCUUAUGUCAAGAUAGUCUCCGCUGAAUCAAUGAUCGGUCUCAGUGAAAGCACCAAGUGUGCUCAAAUAGUCAAGGUUUUUGAGGAUGCUUAUAAGUCGCCAUUAAGCAUUGUUAUCCUUGAUGAUAUUGAAAGGCUGCUUGAAUAUGUUGCAAUAGGACCUCGAUUUUCAAAUUUGAUUUCUCAGACAUUAUUGGUGCUGCUCAAAAGGCUUCCUCCAAAGGGGAAAAAUGUUCUAGUAAUUGGGACUACAAGUGAGCUUGAAUUUUUGGAUUCAGUUGGUAUUCAAGAUGCUUUUUCAGUCACAUAUAAUGUUCCAACACUGAAGACAGAAGAGGCGAAAAAGGUGUUGGAACAACUCAAAGUUUUCUCUGAGAAAGAUAUUGAUACUGCCGCCGAAGCCCUCAAUGAUAUGCCUAUCAAGAAGAUGUACAUGGUGCUUGAAAUGGCAGCUCAGGGAGAAGAAGGCGGGGGAGCAGAAGACGUCUACUCAGGGAAACAAACGAUCAGCAUUUCACAUUUCCAUGAAUGUCUUCAGGAUGCUAUCAAAUAUCAGAGAUAGUCUGAAGAUCUUUUAUGGCUGCUCAAGAAAUUUUGUUGAUAUACAAGUUUUCUCUUACCUUCUAAGCCUCUCAAAUUUGUGUUUACUAAUGUUUACAUAUUAGCUAGAUAUGCUUUAUAACACACUUAGAUAUAAGUAUUCUUUAGUAUGACUACCAUCUAUUCUUCAAAAAAUUGUUUUGUUUUUGAAAUACAUGCUCGAGGACAAUAUAGUUUAUGUAGAAAUGUACUCUAUACAGUUUUCUCAAAUGCAUAACGAAUGUUGAAUUUA